AUGCACGAGUUGGAGUUGCCAUUCCAGUGGGAUGACGGCACGUGUAUAUCUCCUUUCGUAGCCACCAGUAAUAACACACUUGUAGCGCUCUCCAAGUGGCUCCAUGACGUCGUACUGCAGCACGGGGAGAAUAAUUCGCUGCGGCUCACGGAUUUGGGUUGUGGCGAUGGCGCUGCUUUACUGCAACUCUGUUGUGAACUUUUUUUACUUCAAACUAAGUCCUGUCCUCUGCAUCUUAUCGCUGUUGGAGUAGAUAUUGACGAAUCGCUCAUAACCGAUGCAAGGCGGGCUGCAGCGGAUGCCGUAGCAAAAGUUCCAUCCCCCCAUCAACUGCAACAUGACUUCGCGGUGGCUGACUUGCGAGGAGUCGCUGUGGACGAAUAUUUUCCCCUUAGUGAAACGGAUUCCCAUGUGCUCUUUUUAUAUUUACUUCCAGAGGCGCUUAAUAUUAUCCGUGAUAAAUUGUUGGAGGUCAUUCAGCGCGUCCGGUUUGUUGUAUCGAACCGUUGGGAUAUACCUUUUUUUUCCAAUUGGAAAAUUGGGCAGCUGCAUACGUUAAACGUGUACUCCUACCGAGGAGAAAAUAUUAACUUGUCAAAGUGCAGUAGGUGA